UGUCAAUCCUCACAAAUUCAGCGAAUACAAAAUCAACUUUCAAUAAUUAAGCGUAUUGAAUUGAAGUAAACUUUAGUUUCAUUCGUAGAUUUCUAUCUUUUUUAAAAUGAUGAGGUGAAGGAAAAUAUUUUUCCACCAAUGAUAAACACAAUUUAAUCUAAGGAUGAGUUUAAACAACAAGAAAGAAAGUAAACAAAUGAAAGAGUAAAAUCAUUUCUCUAUUCAACUAGUUACAAAUGAAUUGAAUUACAUUGCCUCUAGUCAUUGUUAAACAGACUAUAGAAAUUGAAAGAUAGCCCACUACUCAUGAGAUCUUAGAAGAGGAAGAAAUGAAUGAAGUCAACAAAGAAGGUGAAUAAUGAAUUGUUUAUGGUGCUGAAAUAAUAUUUUGGCUUUUAUUCGCAAGAAUAUAUAUAUAUAUAUACAGAAGAAGACAAUAACCCAUUACCAUGACAAAUUUUGAGACAAUCAAACAAACAUUUAUGUCUAAAAUUAAUGAACCAAAUUCACAACGUCGUAUGGUUUUAUUUGUUGUUUGUAUAGCUUUAUUAUUAGACAAUAUGUUAUACAUGGUUAUAGUACCAAUUAUUCCGGAUUAUCUACAAAAUCUACGUGCAAUGGAUACAAAACAAAUUUAUUGGAUUAAUGCUACACAUACUAAAAGAUUAAAAGAUGAAAACUUUAUUUUUAAUAAAACUAAUGGUGAUUAUAAAAUAAAAUGGCUUAUUCAUCAAUCUGAAACUAAAAUUGGUACAUUAUUUGCAUUUAAAGCUAUAAUACAAUUAUUAUGUAAUCCUAUAUCAGGAACUGUAAUUGAUCGAAUUGGUUAUGAUGUACCAAUGAUGUUUGGCUUAUGUAUAAUAUUUCUGUCAACUUCUGUAUUUGCAUUUGGUAGUUCAUAUGGAUUAAUGUUUAUUGCUAGAGGAUUACAAGGUAUGGGUUCAGCUUUUGCUGAUACUGCCGGUUUAGCAAUGAUAGCUGAUCGAUAUACAAAUGAAUAUGAACGUACAAAAGCAUUGGGAAUAGCUUUAGCAUUUAUAUCAUUUGGUUCAUUAGUAGCACCUCCAUUUGGUGGAAUAGUUUAUCAAUAUUUUGGCAAAGAAUUACCAUUUAUUACACUUGCAUUUAUAGCAUUAUUUGAUGGUUGCUUAUUAUUGAUUAUUAUGCAACCAGUUAGAAUUGAACGAACAGUUUUAAAAACUCAAGGUAAUCUACCUAAAGGAACUCCUAUACAUCGUUUACUAAUGGAUCCUUAUAUUGCUAUAUGUGCUGGAUGUCUCACUGUAGCUAAUGUAUCACUUGCAUUUUUAGAACCGACAAUAUCAAACUGGAUGUCAAAAAGUAUGAAAGCAACAAAUGCACAAGAAGGUUUAGUAUGGUUACCAGCAUUUUUACCACAUUUAGCUGGAGUUAUAACAACAAUUAAGUUAGCUGAUAAAUAUCCAAGUAAACAAUGGUUAAUGGCUGCAGUUGGUUUAGCUAUUGAAGGAGGAAGUUGUUUCUUGAUACCAUUCUGUACUAAUUUUAUUGCAUUAAUGAUUCCUAUUAGUAUUUUGUGUUAUGGUAUUGCAUUAGUUGAUACAGCAAUAUUGCCUACAAUGGGUUUUCUUGUAGAUACACGUCAUGUUUCAGUAUAUGGUUCAGUGUAUGCAAUCGCUGAUAUUUCAUAUAGUUUAGCUUAUGCCUUGGGACCAAUUGUUGCUGGUGGACUUGUGGAUACAAUUAAAUUUGUUGGACUUAAUAUUGUUAUGACAUUAAUCACUUUAGGAUAUGUACCAGUCAUGUACUUAUUACGUCAUUGUUAUAAUGUUGAAAGACCACAGAAUAGAGAAUUACCACCUUUAAAAACUGAUUCAAUUGAUCAUUCAUUUGAUCAAGAUGAUUAUGCUUCAGUUAAAAGUUAUCCAGGUUAUGAACAAAAUUCAACGAUAAAGGGUGAAUCCAAUCAUCAUCACCGACAACAAUAUCAUCAUCCUACUGACCCUACUAAUCAAUAUAAUUAUCAGUCAGCAUCAACGUAUGAACAAGAUGGUAAACUAUUAACUCAACGAACAGAUUAUGCUUAUUGAGUAUAUCAUUGUCAACUUAUAUAAAUAUUCGUCAAGAUUACAACAAACAGUUUGACAAAAUUUGGGCGCCGAAUAUAGAGAAGACAUUUUAUGUCAAAAUUAUAUUUGAACUGAUCUCAGCAAUUAAAAUUUAAAAUAAUUCCAAUGUUUGGUCCAGC